AUGACGGUCUACGAUGAGCAAAUUGCCCGCCUGCAGGCGCUGGUGCUCGAUGCGCUGCGCCAGCACUCGCAGCCCGAGGCGGUCGCCACGCAGCUGGUGCGCGCAGCCUUCCCCGAGGCGGCGGCGGCCGAGCCGCCGCCGGCCUUCCGCCCGCUGCCGGCGGCGCAGCAGGAGCAGCUGGCCAACGCGCUGCACGCGGCUGCCGGGCAGCUGCUGGCGGAUGCCAAGGCCGCAGGGUGCCAGGUCAUGCAGUACCAGCUGGGCCAGGGGCGGGAGCAGGGGGCGGUGGCAGAGCUCCUGGAUGCCGUGCUGUGGCUGGCAGCGCAGAAGCCCUCGCCUUUGGACGUCGGCCUGCCCGCGCAGCUGCUGGAGCAGAUCACAGAGGGCGCCAGCGUGCAGGACUGCGAGGGCGUGUUUGCCUUCCUCGACUCCCGUACCGCCACCUUCAAGUCCCCCGCAUUCCAGGAGGCUCGCUGCAAGAACACGCUGCUGCGCACGUGCAACAUGCUGCUCAAGCGCCUGUCCAAGAGCGCCAACGCCAUGCUGUGCGGCCGCAUCCUGCUCUUCCUGGCCAAGCUGCUGCCGCUGACGGAGCGGUCUGGCGUCAACCUGGGGGGCGCCUUCAACACAGACAACUCCACGCCGGUGGAGGAUGUGCAGGAGGGCGCCACCGAUAGCGAGGGCAAGCCAGUGGAUGCCGCCUUCUAUCGCACCUUCUGGGGCCUGCAGUCAUACUUCAGCAACCCGCCCGCGGCGCUGCAGGUGGGCAAGUGGGGGGAGGUGUCGCGUGACAUCCGCCGCGUGCUGGAGAAGUUCCGCCUGGAGAAAGUCACCGUGGGGGAGAGCGCGGCGGCGGGGCCGGGCGCGGGUGACGGCCAGGGCUCCAGCGUCAAGUACCUCAGCAGCAGCCGGCUGAUGGGGUUGCAGCUGCGCGACGCCACCUUCCGCCGCCACUUCCUGCUGCAGUGCCUCAUCCUCAUGCAGGCGAGCCUCUUGCUGCACAUGCAGCUUGGCAGCUUGGACCUGCGCGCCAAGGUGUAUGCUGAGCUGGAGGCCACCCCCGACAGGGGCCCCCAGUUUGCCGCCGCCAUCCGCCACCUGGUCCGCUGGGAGGACAGCUGGGCGGCGUGGAAGCAGGGCAGCUGCCCGCCCGCCCCGCUGGAGCGCGCCGCCGCGCAGCCGCCCGCCGGCAGCGAAGACGCAGACCUGACCGCGCCCGCCCCCAAGCGCCGCAAGCUGGGCUCCGACGCCGUGUUUGGCAUCCGGGUGGGGACAGACGAGCUGGACAGGCUGUGGAACCUGGCGGAGGACAACCUGUCGGCGCUCUCUGCCGACGACCGCGGCGGCUUCAAGACGGUGCGGCAGCUCAUGGAGCCUGUGGUGGAGGAGAUGCGGGAGGCGGCGGCGGGGGAGGACGACGGGCUGCUGAUGAAGGCGUCCCGCAGCAAGCUGUACAGCUGGAAGGCGCUGCGCGCGGUGGCCCGCACCAACCUGCAGGCGUUUGCGGCGGCUGUGCAGAAGGGAGGGGACUUGGAGGUGGCUGCGCGGGUCGCUGGCAAGGGCGACGCCACGACGGGGCAGCUGCCGGGCAGCGCGGGCGCGGCAGCAGACACCACCGCCGCGACAGGCGCGCAGCCCGAUGGCAGCGCAGCGACGGCGGCGGCAGACACCGCAGCCGGCGGCGGCGGCGAUGCUGCUACUGCGGCGGAGGAGGCGGAUGGCGAGGAGGGGGCAGUGGGCGGGGGAGAAGGGGCAGAGGAGGAGGAGGAGGGGGAGCUACCAGAGGAAGGCGAGGCGGAGGAGGAGGAGGGCGGGGAGGCGGAUGGCAGCGAGGGUGGAGCAGUGGCCAUGGAUGCCGAGGCUGUGCUGUCAGAGUGA